UUUCAAAAGUAAUCCCCACUCCCGCUUCCUCCUCACUCCAGGGAGGUGGCUACCUCUAAGCUCUGGAGAAGGGAGGUCAGCAUGCAACCCAACAAUGCCACAACUCAACACAGCCAGGUACUAUUAGAAGGAAAAGUAAGUGGUACUUACAGCACCAGGGCAAUUUACGUGUAUUUUGGGGUCCACUUCUCCAAGACAUUAUCCCUACCCAUCUUUACUUAUAUCUUUGAUAUCGCCAACACUUCGGCUCAUUCCUCUCUGAUCUUCUGGAAACCAAGAAGUUUUCACUAUAAGACACAGGAAUUCUGGCCUAAGUUGUCCCAGCCCUUCACGGACAGCAAGAAUCCAAGUUUCCCCACGCACCACCUGAAGCCCCAACUUCUGGAAAGGCCCUCCUUUCCUCGCCUCCAGGAGCUGACAGAGCAGAGCACGCAGCCGCGGGCGCUACUGCUGUCGCUGCCAAAGCCAAGGAGGCGACUGGAAGCUCAAGCUGGUUGGCGGCCUCGGGGCGACCAGCCAGGCCCUGGUUCCAAUCUUCGAACCAAGGCGCCUCGUCUCCCCCAGGGAGUGAGCUCCCGCGCCCCGCGGAGCACUCAGGCGAGCCCGGGCGCCGGGAGAACGCUCUGCACUCGGCGCCCAGCCCCGGGACGCCGCCAAGCGCACGGCUCCGGAGGAGCGCCCGGGGAGCGGCAGCGGGGAAGAGGGGCGUGUUCCCUGAGCCUCCGAGCCCCAAGGCCGGGUCCAGGCGGGACAACUGAAGGCGGCAAGCCGAGCACGCGGUCCGUGACGGCGGCUCUCGGCCCCAAACCCCGCCGGCCGGCGUGGCGACGCGCUGUAGCCCGCGCGCCCUUGCGGGGACAGCAGUCGUGCGCGCCUUGCACGGCCGCCUCCGCGCCUGCCUCGGCGCGCAAACUUUACCGGCGACAACCGCUCAGGCCUCUCCGGCGGGGACGCGGCGCUCUCCCCGGGGCCCAGAAACUGCUCGCCCCCUCCCCUCCACAGCCAAGACCCACUGAAAAUAUGGCGCCCUCGAAAGUCGCUCCUCGAUCCCCUCAGGUUUCCCGAAAUGCCCGUCUCCAGGUCCCUUCAGCUCCCAAUGGGCGCGAAAUUUCAGCUCGUGGGACCGAGGAAGGAGAGGGAGACGCUGAGUCUGUGAGCUCCGCACUGGCGGACCGUCUUAGCCCAGAGCCUCGGCGGGAGACUUGUUUGCAAAGUGGCGCUGGAGUCCGGGCGGCCAGUGCUGGAAUGAAGCCGCUCCGCCCGCGCCAACCCGCCUGGCGCGGGGGCCCGGCCGGGGUCGAGGGGACACUAUGCAGGCGGGGCCGCUUUUCAAAGCCCAGUUACCGGAAACCCAGCGAGAGCCCCAGAGGGGACCGGCCGCCCACGGCCAGGAAUCCGCUCUCUGGCGCCGGCUGCGAGGCUGUCUGCAAAUCGCUGCGCCCGGGUCCAGUGCAGAGAAACAUACAUGUGCAAUAG